AUCAUAACAUUCGCAAAGUUAUUUCGAAUACAUUAGCGAGAAAUUCUUGUCGUUUUCGAAGGAUAUUGUUUAAUAUUGUAUUAAAGAAAUAGUUUCUAUUUCAUUAAUGGCUGAAAGCUUUAGUCAACAUCAAAUCAAUGUUUUCAAAGAUUGCUUUAAUUUGUACGACGAUAACCACGAUGGAAAAAUUGAUAAGGAAGAGUUGACUAAAAUCAUGCGAGCUUUGGGUCAUCCUGUGACGUACAUUGAAAUGUCUGACAUAAUGAAAGAUCACGGGAACGAGUCCAUUACAUUUCCUGAUUUAUUGACGAUUCUUGCGAAUCGUGAAGGAAAACCAAUCGCAGCUGGCCACGAGAUUUUUGAUGCAUUAACUUUGAGGGAUGAAAAUCGCAAUGGGUACAUCAGUCGUUCAGAUCUUGAACAUCUUCUUACUAGAGGUGGAGAGCAAAUGUCUAUACAAGAAGUUGACCAACUUCUUCAAGACUUUGGUUUUGAUAAGAUGUUCACACAGAUUAAUUAUGAGGAGCUGUGUAAAAGAAUCAAUGCCAAUUCUAAAUCAUUCUAGGAAACAGCAAGGCAAAGCCAUAUCCCACUCAACUUGACAUAUUCUUGAACAUUUUUUCGUAGUUUAAUGUAACUUUAAACUUUUAACCAUUCACUUGAUUGUUAUUUUAUGUUGUAAUAUACUUACAUUUUGCCUAAAGUGAUAUUUUAUAUGCAUUUUUUAGAUAAUAAAGUAUAUAGGUGUAUGUCUAACCAAUGAAUAAGAGCAUAAUAUUUGACUGAA